AUGGAGGCUACUUCAUUCAAAUUAGAAGGCACGGGAGAGAUUGUUUUCUUUGACUUGGAAACGACAGUACCCAACAGGGCCGGGAAGCGGUUCUGGGUAUUGGAAUUUGGCGCGAUUGUCGUUUGCCCUCGGAAGCUUGUUGAGUUAGAGAGCUACACUACUCUCAUAAGGCCGGGAGACUUGUCCGCCGUUGGAUUGAGGUCUUCUCGGCGCGACGGGAUUACUCGGGAAAGUGUCGAAAAUGCGCCGUCGUUUGAAGAAGUUGCCGAUAAGAUAUUUGGCAUUUUGCAUGGCAGAAUAUGGGCAGGCCAUAACAUUCAAAGAUUUGAUUGCGUGAGGAUUAAGGAAGCUUUUGCAGAUAUUGGUAAGGCUGCACCUGAACCUAUUGGAAUGAUUGAUUCGCUGGGGGUUUUGACUAACAAGUUUGGCAAAAGAGCUGGUAAUAUGAAGAUGGCAACAUUGGCUGCUUAUUUCGGGCUUGGGCAGCAAAAGCACAGAAGCCUUGAUGAUGUUCGGAUGAAUCUGGAAGUUCUCAAGCACUGCGCAACUGUGCUCUUUCUGGAAGCAAGCCUCCCAAGCAUGUUGAGCGGAAACUGGCGUACGGCUUGUUCUACUAUCAUGACAAGAAGUAGAAGCAAUGCAAAAUUUGCAUGCAGAGAACAAGAAACCACUCGGAAAUCUCCCACAACAACUACUACUUCUAUUGGAUAUCAACGAUCAGUCCCCUACACAAGGGGAAGCUUAGGAAAGAUGACAGAGCAAGUAAAGAAUCUGUUGUCCAAAGCCAAUGGAAGCCAGCCUCUGAACCACCUAUUCAAGCAUUCUCAUUCGCUGCUACGAUGACGAAGAGAGAAUUUGCCGUUUCGUUCGUAGAAAUAUCCACGUAAAAUACCAAACAUAUCGGACACUUUGCAGAAGGGAAAGGGAAAAUGGUACGUAAUUUGAUGAAGAUGUGAUAAAUGAAGAUCAUUCCCGAUUUCGGUUGAUAUUGUGGAACCU